CCUCCCACAACUGGUGCGACAAGGGAGGAAACUGAGUGAGAUUUUCUGUCUGCAGGUAAAGAAGACAAAUUCCUUCAGUGGCUUCUGAGUGAAAUACAAGAAACGCUGCACUGACAGAUGUGGAUGUAUGAGAGCUUCUCUUUACUGACUCAGGGUAUCCAGGGAGAGAUGGGCAUCUGGCUACGUUAAGCCCCCCUGCACUAGUUUCACUUUGUUACAGUUCUGGAUCAGAGUUAGCGGCUUGCACUAGUUGUGCCAGGUACAAUGGCCACUCUUCAACAUUCUACACCGAAUCAUGCCAGGCACAAGCGAACUGGAGCCGAGUCACCAAAAGAUGAUCGGACACAGGGACAUGACCCCGGGCAGCAGACAAUGCUGGGGAAGGCACAUGAGUUUUUCCGGAUUUGUGAUACUGAGGACAGAGGCUUCAUUGCGCGUUGUGAUCUGCAGAGACUUCAUGGUGAGCUCCCACUCAGCUUUGAGGAACUGGAGAAGGUAUUUGAUACUCUGGAUUCUGAUGGCAAUGGUUCUCUGACCUUGGAAGAAUUUACUACGGGAUUUAGUCAGUUUCUGCAUAGAGAAGAGAUCCCGACACAUGACACCCCUGACGGCGGAGAGCUGGCUGAGCAGCUAGAGUUUGAAAACACGUAUCAGAACAAAUGGGAAGAAAGUACCCGGGCAGUCCAAGAAGAGGACGACAACACCCAAUUCUACAACCUGAUUGACAGCUUAGGGGCAAACAGGGUCUCAGAGGAAGAGAAUAACAUCAAGCGUUUGUGGAUGGAGAUACGGAGGGACGAGCCUCAUCUGCUGCCAAGCUUUGAAGAAUUUCUUAGCAGAGUCUUCUCACAGCUUCAAGAAGCAAAUGAGGAGAAGAAUGAAAUGGAAUGUGCCCUCAAGAAGAAAAUCGCCACCUAUGACACUGAAAUAGAAAACUUGUACGAAGAGAUGGAGCAGCAGAUAAAGACAGAAAAAGAACAGUUUGUCUUGCAAGACACUGAGAGAUAUCAGACACGCAGCCAUCAGCUGGAGGAAAAAUUAAUGAACAAGGAGCAGGAGCUUAAACAUCUGGCACAGAAGCAGAAAAGGUUGGAGAAUCAGUGCACGGAACUCAAUCAUGACAAGUAUGAAACCAAGGCUGAGAACGAGAAGCUGAAGCUAACAAACAAAGAGAUGAGGCGAGAUCUUGAAAGAACCUCACAAGAGUUAAUUACGGCUCAGAGGCAAUUGAAGAUCCUACAAGAAGAGGCAUCGCAGCUGCACGAGGAGAGAGAAAUGGAAGUGUAUCGGGUGACAGAGAGUUUACAGCGGGAAAGAACAGCACUUCUAAAACAGCUUGACUUGCUAAGGGAAAUGAAUAAGCAUCUGCGAGACGAGCGUGACAGCUGCUUACAGAAAGCUAAAGUAAAUCCAGCUAACUCUAUGCGGAAUCAAAGAUCAGGAUCUAUAAUGGGAGCAUAUUUUGAAAGGAUACCUUCAGUGAAAAGUCAGUCAUCUGAAGAAGAAGACUUUCCACCUAAACGAAAUUCUGUUGGGUCAAAUGGGGUCUUCACAUCUAUAACAGAGCCCGACAGUGUCAUGGAAAGCAGGUCGGGUAAAGCACACCAAUUACAGAGAAUAAUAUCCAUCGAGGAAGAUCACUUGCCCCAAUAUUUAGACAGCCAACAGGAAAGACCACUAAAUGACUGGCAGGAGGUAGAUGAGAAAGAAGACACUGUAUCUGCCAAGAACUCUCAUACAGAAGAACAAACUCCUACCAAAGAAGUGCCAACCUCUCCAAGAGGACAACCCGUUGGGAAGGAGACCAUGCCAAAUGAAGAACGUGUGUACUGUCCACCAGAUCGAUUAUUUAAAAUAGUCAUGGUUGGCAAUUCCAGUGUGGGAAAGACAUCAUUCCUGAGAAGGUUCUGCGAAGACAGUUUUUACCCUGGAUCAUCAGCUACAGUGGGUAUUGAUUACAGUGUAAAGACGGUGACAGUGGAUAAUUGCCAGGUGGCGUUGCAGCUCUGGGACACAGCUGGACAAGAAAGGUACCGUAGUAUCACCAAGCAAUUUUUCAGAAAAGCUGAUGGUGUCAUCGUGAUGUAUGAGAUCACUUCCAAAGAUACGUUUACAGCAGUGCGACAAUGGCUUACCAGCGUGGAGGAAGGAGCUGGAGAUAAGAUACCUAUAUUAUUGUUAGGUAACAAAACAGACAUUGACAAAGAAAGAGAGGUGCCCUAUGGUCUGGGGGAGCAGCUUUCUAAGGAUUGCAGCUUGAUUUUCUAUGAGUGCAGCGCCUCAAGUGGACACAACGUUAAAGAAUCUGUUCUGCAUUUAGCGAGGAUAUUGAAAGAACAGGAAGAUAAAGUUAAAGAGAAGACUGUCCAUUUAUUUGAUUCACCAAAAAAGACAAAUUGCUGUACCAGAAAGUAGACAAUUAAACGUUUCUCAUUUUGUAUUUUAUACACUACUGUUAUGAGUUGCUAAAUCUUAACAUUUAUACUACCUGAUAAUUGCUAAAUUGGUUCAAGUUAUUUCCAUAUUUAAGUCAGUAGAUGAUUUAUUAAUGUGCAUUUUUGCAUUCUGAUAAUUCAAGUACUUUGAAUUACUACUGAAUUUAUACCAUAGUUAUUUUCUAACUAGGUGAAAAUUGUAAUUGUUUUUUUAAUAUGAAAAACUGUUUCAUUAAGGUAAUUUGAUGUAAAAUAAAUUUGUGUCACUGUAGAGAUAGCAGAAGUUUUUUCCUUUAGAAUGACUGUUGACCUACUAAAAUGUAAAAGAGGGUUCUACUGAGACCCAUAGGCAAGUUGUCAAACCUGUGUCCCACAGGGUCGUGCGGUGAGCCAAAAGGCUAAGGAGGCACUGGCUAGCACCAGAGCCAGAUUUACACACAAUAUUUGAGCCAAAGGGUACAUCCGGGCAUUAUACACAGGUGCAGCAGUAUAUACAUCUGGGCAUUAUACACAGGUGCAGCAGCAUAAACUUCUGGAAAUUUGGUGAGUUUUGAUCAGAGAUGUGCGGAAAAGAUAGACAGGGGGGCACUGCCUCACCUGCCAUAGACUUUUUUUACUCCAGAGUUUUGGCUAUAAAAAUGAUUAGAAUAAUGCAAAGAAGAUAUUUCAAACAUAUUGUAUUUUUCAUAUACUUUAUACAGUCAAAACUCUGGCACAAAUGUUAGUAUGUCAGGAGAGGCUCUGCCUUACCUGCCUCACCCCACCACACGUCACUGGUGUCCCAGGUGCUACGUUCCUGAAAUGCAGAAGAAUUAAAUAUAAAGUACAGUAGAUGUCUAUUUCUAGAUCUGCCAGCAGUGGCACCCAGGGAAGGGUGGGGAGGGGGGGGGGGGGGGCAGAGGGUACAAAUUACUCGGGCCCAGGUUUGAUUGAGGGGCCCAGUGAGGCCCAGACCCUCUGUCCCCCGUUACCUGGCAGCAGCAGCUGCGUUUCUCCUUAGCCCAGCACACACUGCUGUGUGCUGGCGUGCAGUGUGGACAGAAGGCGGUUAAAAUUAAAAAAAUUCUCUGGGUGCAUGGCCACGCCACCUGUAAAUAGGCUACACCCCCUGAAAAGUACCUGGGCGCAGCUGGGCUCUCUACUGCCCUGACUGCCAGAAGGUAGCCAGUAACCACAGUAAUUGUAUGGUUGGUGUUCUUAUAAACCAUAAAAGUUUUAAAUCCUCUGCAUUAGAGGCUCGCAGCCUUCAGCUUUUUGUAAGAACUCUGUACUCCAAGCAGGACUUGAGCAUAAUGGAGGCCCUCUGGGUUCCAAUGAGGGGACACUCAGGUGACAGCACCCCAUUUCUAUUAUGCAGGUACUAGAAUAGUUUAUUAACUUAAAAGAGGGAACAAUCUGAAAGUGGACAUCUCCUUUGUUUACUUACACCUCAAAUACAGGUAAGUGGUCUAGUGGGGAGAAGUUCCUACCGAAUUAAAUGCAAAUGUAAACGUAAAUGAAAUUUGUAAAUAAAAUCAGCAAAAAGCCAUUUGUAAUCUGAAAGCAUCCACAAGUCCAGUAGUCAUUACUCUUGUACCUAAGGGUAUCCUCAACCCUAAAUCUGCCCCUGUACAUGUCCCUACCACUCUGUACUGGGGAUGGUUGGUCAGGUCAACGUGGUUGUCCCAUCCUCUUUUCAUUGACAACUAUUUUAGUAUGCCCCCCCCCUUAUCCUGCUUUGUCUCCAGAUCUCCUGGAGACAUUACAGAAAAAGUAUGCCCCAUACACACGGGGAAGAUGUGUGCUGAGCGAUCUAUCACAGACCGCUCAGCACACAUCUCUCCCCCCGCU